UUUGGAAGAAACACGCACGGCCACUCCGCUUUAAUCACGUCCAAUUUAUCCGACACUUCCAGAGAAGUGUAAAUGGGCAGACUAUAGACGCUCAGUGCAUGAAGGCGACUUGACAGUGCAGACGAGCGCACGUCGCUUAAGUCACACAUAUUACUGGUUGCGAUUUUUGAAUUGGAUUUCAACAGUUCUGCAACCUUUGAGAUAUUGUUAUUGUUUUCCUAGCCUUUUUUUAAUUAUUAUUAUUCACAGCCGAUAUGGACACCAUAUUGGACAACUUCGCUUCGGACAAACUUUUUCCCAAUUCCAACCUGUUGGACCUAGAGGAUCUGAAUGAGAGCGAUUUCUUAUCCAAUGUGCAUUUCUCCGAGCAGAUGGAGGAUUUCUCCAAUGACCUUUUCAACAGUUUCUUUGAUGAUCAUCUGUUGGCGGAGAGGAACCCAUUGUUGGAUAUGGAUCUGGACCCUCCAAACCCUGACAUCCAGGCAGAACACAGCUACUCUCUCAGCGGGGAUUCUGCCCCACAGAGUCCCUCUAUGCCCAUCAAAUCAGAUGAUGAUACAGACUCAGAAGGGAUGUGGUCAUUCAGUCAGGAUCUCACAGCCAUUCUAGUGAAGCAGGAGCCCAGCCUGAUGUCAGAAAACUGCCCUGAUACAUCGCCCCCUCUGGCCAACACCAGCACCUGCUCACAUCCCCUCACUCUUGCCCCUCCGCCACAGAGAAACCACACAGGGGAGAAGAGUUCCAAAGGCCUGAGGUCCAACUCCGUUCCUGCCAUCAAAGCAGAGCCCAGAGAGGUGAACCAGUUCCUCAGUGUGCCCUCAGAUGAGCAUCUGCGGUUGCCGCCCACUCCUCCCAGCAGCCAUGGCAGCGACAGCGACGGAUCCCAGAGCCCACAUUCACUGCCACCAUUAAGCCCUGGCCACCUACAGAGCCCACAUUCACUGCCUCCAUCCAGCCCUGCCCGGCUACAGGCCCGAACCUCCACAGCCAUCUCCUCGUCCCCUCUCCUCACCGCCCCGCAUAAGCUGCAGGGAACAUCAGGCCCUUUGAUGCUGACAGAGGAAGAGAAGAGGACUUUGAUCGCUGAGGGAUAUCCUGUCCCCAACAAACUACCGCUCACCAAAACUGAGGAGAAAGCCCUCAAACGAGUGCGCAGGAAAAUCAAAAACAAGAUCUCUGCACAGGAAAGCCGCAGGAAGAAGAAGGAAUACGUGGAGUGUUUGGAGAAAAGAGUUGAGAACUAUACUUCAGAGAACAAUGAACUGUGGAAAAAAGUAGAGACGCUCGAGAAUGCCAACAGGUCUCUACUACAACAGCUACAAAGACUUCAGGCUCUAGUGAGUGGAAAAGUGCCUCGGUCCUGCAAAAUCGCCUCCACGCAGACCGGAACCUGUCUAAUGGUGGUGGCGCUGUGUUUUGUGUUGGUGCUGGGCUCGCUGGCUCCCUGCCUGCCCGAGCUCUCCCUCUACUCUUCCUCCUUAUCCUCAUCAUCCUCACACACGGUGAAGUCUGCACCGCUGGCCUCAGGUGACCUCUACACCACCAGCCAGGUCCGCUCCCGCAGCCUGCUCUUCUAUGACGAGGGUGCCCCAGUGGAGGACGGCCACGGGCGCGUGCUGAGUGUGGAGAGGAUGGAGGGGGUGCCGCGACAUGUACAGGACCUGAAAGACAGCCAUGAGCAGGAUCAUUCUGCUCUUGUGAGCAGGUACUUGAGCCAGGCCCAGCCAGAGCCUGCAAGCUACAGCAACACGUCCGCGGCCCCACUCCGUCCCCCAGAACCACACUACCACUCGAGAAAGCGGGAUUCUGAGGGAGGAGCUGAAUAUUUCUAACCCCUCUGGGUGGAGCUGCCUCAUCACACAGGCCUCCACUGACGUCCGAUGAUCCUGCACUACUCGGCCCUCGACCCUUGCUGUUACAGACCCUGAGUGUCCUGACCCCACCCUGACAAACCAACAAGCCUCAUGACCACGAUCCAACCCACUUGACAUGCAUUCCAAUGACAUUCAGCCCCAGAACUGUGAGAAGAGAAAUGGGUCCAUCCAUACACCGAAACUCCCCUUUACCAGCAAGCACUGAGUUUAAGGACUAAGAGAGAGAAUAGAGGAUGUGGGCGGUUGUAGAUGCUGCUCUGUUUUAGAUGGAUGUGAGCCUGCAGCUCUAAAUUCACUAAACACUUCACACACAGGGUGUGGGAGGGAAAGUUCAUGUGUGUUUUGUUUUGAUUUUCUUCAAAUGCCAUGAGACUGUCCAUUUACUACAUAUCCCUACUUAAACCCCAAAGAACUUCUUUUUUCUCAUUAUGACUUCUUUUUAAAUCUCUGAAUGUUUUCCAGAAGGUGUAAUCACAGGUGCCUGACGUACUUUACGGUUUUGCAAAGCUUGCUUUGACAGGAUUUUCUUCCUCUGCCAUCUUGGCUUGUUUCUCCCUAAUAAAUUUAAGCUGGAUUGCACUUGUUUUGCACUAGGAAAACUAAUUGAUUUAAGUGCCUUCACAUUCUUUUUCAUGUAGUCAUAUUUAAAAAGCUCCUAACCGCAUAGUUUUCCCUUAAACCUCUUUUACUCUACUUUUAUUAAUGCAUUUUAUUUUUGUUUUCUACUUUUAAAA